AUGGCGUCCUCCGAGCGCACGCUGCACAUCGCGGGCGUGCGCGUGCGCUUCCCACACGUGCCGUACCGCGCGCAAUCGGCGCUGAUGCACGCCGUCGUCACGGCUGUGCGCACGCGCGAGCACGCCCUGGUCGAGAGCCCCACGGGGACGGGGAAGACGCUCGCGCUGCUGUGCGCCGCGCUCGCGGUGCAGCGCCACACGCGCGAGGCGAGCGAGGAUCGUGCGGAGAAUGCGAGGGAGGAGACGGGCGCCGCACCGCAGGGCAGGGCCGAGGCAGAGGAGGUGGCUCCGCCAGUGCGAGAGGAGGGGGGAGAGGAGGGGGGAGAGGAGGGCGAGGACGAGAAAGAAGAGGAGGGCGAAUCCUCCGAUUCGGACUUUGCGAAGCCCACGAAGUUUCGCGACGUUUCGUGGCAGCGCGGGCUGGCGGGGCGUGGACGGAAGCGGAUGGAGGCGGAUCACGAGGAGGAGCGACCAGCUAAUGCGUUCAUGUUUGCGCGGCUGCUCGCCAUGGAGCAAGACCGUCCGUUGGAUGACGGCUGCACGCAAGGUCCGGUGACGCAGCCGGAAUCGCAAGACCCGAGCCAGCCCGAAGGAAAGAAGGUGCCGCGCAUUUUCUACGCGACGCGCACGCAUAAGCAGGUCGCAAAUGUCAUAAGCGAAUUACGCAAGACGCCGUACCGGCCGAGGAUCACGGUGCUGGCGUCGAGGAGGGAGUAUUGUAUUCGAGAAGAUGUACGUAGCGCGGUGGCGAGGGACGAGACAUGCAAGGCGCUGGUGAAGGCGGGGGAUUGUCGCCAUUAUUAUUCGGCGGCGGAGCUGGCAGCGCAUGAGGAGCUUAAAGGCGAAGCAUGGGAUAUCGAGGAGCUGACUGAGCUGGGGAGGAAGCAUGGCGGGUGUCCAUAUUACGCGAGCCAUGAGCUGUAUCAGAAAGCCGAAAUCGUCUUUUGUCCGUAUAGCUUCUUGGUCGACCCGAUCGUUCGCGGGGCCAGGGGAAUCAAUUUGGCGGGCGAUGUCGUCAUCUUGGAUGAGGCGCACAAUAUCGAAAACUAUGCGCGGGAGAGCGCAGGUUUUGAAGCGGAUAUUGCCGAUGUGAGGCGCGCGCACGAUGAGGUGGACAUCAUGAUCUUGACGGGCUGCUUUUCUGGCGCCCGCGGCGAUCUCGGAGUUGCAUAUCGCAGGCUUAAGGGGCCGCUCGAGGCUCUCAUGGCCAUUGUGGACGAUGCAGUCGCGAGCAAUGAGCUGAAAAGUGUGGAAAGGGAGGAGAUGGCUGUGUACGAACGUGAGGAGCUUUUGGGGAAACUGUCGUUGGCAAAGGUGGACGAGGAACAGAUCAAGCGCUGGAGGGCCAUGUAUGAGUUUAUUGUAAAUUAUGGAGAUGGCAAUGAAGCAAAGCGGAUGAAGAAAAUGGGAGACGUCCCGUGCGAUUCGCAGGCAACGGUGGAAUCCGCGGGAGCGGAAACCGUUCAGCGGAAAGGAGCAGAGAACAAUCAAGACAAGUCGAAAACUGCGACAUCUCCUACAGGAAUGGCUGACAAUGACUCUAUGAAGAACCCACAGAUGACCGGUCCCGGGAAACCUGUCCCAGAGUCGCGACCAGCUGGAUUUGGGUACGGGUGUGACCCAAAUGUCGAAGCGAAUGAAUUGCAUAUCGAGACCCCUCGACAGGACUCGACAAGGCAAAUGAAGCGUGGCAAAGUGGGGAACAAAGUUCGUCGGAGAGGACGAAAACGGCGAGGAGCAGACGUGGCAGAGCAGCGACCUUGGAUUGCAAAGUGCAUGUCGAUGACCCAUUCUCUGCUAACAACAUUGGAAUAUUUGUUUGCGUACCCGAACGACUUCGCCCUCGUCGUCGACCGUCGCACCGUCGACUAUAUCACCACAAUGCGGGUGCAAGUAUGUUGUUUGAAUGCAGCCGUAUGCUUUCGAGACAUCUCCAAUAAAGCUCGGGCGGUUAUCGUCACAUCGGGCACGUUGUCGCCAAUCGAUUCGUUUGCCGGUGAGCUGGGGACAAGAUUUACCAUUUCAAAGUCUCUGCCACAUGUUAUUGACGUGCGCAAACAGCUUUUUGUCAGCGUGGUGGCAGAGGGACCGGGGCGAGAGCGUUUUGAUGCGACAUAUGCCGGCUCGUCAAAGUUUUCGUUUCAAGACUCGCUCGGAGAAGCGCUGUACGACUAUUGCCGCGUAAUCCCAAGUGGGGUGCUAGUCUUUUUCCCUAGCUAUCGAUUGAUGGCGCAGUUGCACACCCGGUGGAAGGGUUCGGGAGCAUGGGACAAGCUGUACACGGUGAAAAACACCGUCCUGGUCGAACCGCAUCGACGAGGGGAAGACUUUGACGAGAUAGUCGGUCGGUACCAAGCGGCGUCUGAGUCGGACGGAGGAGCGAUUCUGUUCGGAGUGUGUCGCGGAAAACUGUCCGAGGGUGUCGACUUCCGGGACGCCACGUCGCGCGGUGUCAUCCUCGUCGGUAUCCCUUUUCCGUAUUUUGGCGAUGUCGUCGUGAGUAGAAAGCGGCAGUGGAAUGACCGCACGAGGAAGAACAAGACCGAAUCCAAGCUACAGAGUGGGACGGAGUGGUAUGAAAUGCAGGCAUACCGCGCGUUGAACCAGGCCCUGGGGCGAGCGGUACGACACAGAUAUGAUUACGGGGCUGUCUUGCUGCUCGACUGUCGGUUUCGUCAAAAGCACGUCCUGAAGCAACUGCCGAAAUGGACUCAAGCCGGGAUCCAGCAGACUGAUGGAAGUCACGGGGCUUUACUACGAGGCCUGCAGCGCUUUUACGACACCGUCCAAGAGCAGAUCGCAUCAUCCGUCACAAACUAA